AUGGCCGCCCCAACUAUCUCGACCAUGAUUGACCCGACCAAACAGGCCGAGUACCCCAUUGUUCUGGGGGAAAGACUAGCCAACGACACAGCGUCUAGCCGAUUGAUCAAUGUCAACUAUAACUAUAAAACCAAGUCCGCAACCCCAACUCAGCGUUCGACUAUCACACCUUCCUCCCUGUCGCGCGAUCUCUACGACCUUUCCGUCACCGAUAAGGCCCCGGGCGCCGAUCACAACUUGACGUAUGCCUACCAGGGCAGCGAGGACCCGACCGACGAACGCAACCUGGUCUUGGUGUUCGACCCCGACCGCAAGGUUUUCGUCCUAGAGUCAGUUUCGACGAAACUGAACUUCAACCUUCGAUCACGACCUGGAAAGACCGAGAAGGAGGUCCGCCACGAGAACCUGGAGCUUCUUCCGGUCUACCACGAAGACGAUCACACCUCUUCGGACGAUCGCAACGCUGGCAAUACAAGUGAAGAUGAAGGUCAGGCCGAUGACAAUAACCCCUAUGACUUCCGCCAUUUCCUUCGAAAGGGCGGCGCGGAGAACCAGCCGGCCUCGAUAUCUACUGCCACCACCCCGGAACCUGUCUACACCAGUAAGGCGACCACGCCGGUCUUCCAGGCCUCCAAGCCCGCUCCAUCUUCAAAAUCGGCCCCGGCUCCAGCCCCGAAGCCGAUGUCUCGUCCGAAGAAGCAGGCAAAUCCUCUUCGAGCACCCAAGCGACCUACGAAGCUGGCCGCUCCAACCGCUUCAACCAACUCAAACCCGCCCCGGUCAACUCCAGAGCCGCCGGCCGCGCCCACCCCCCGCACUGUUCAAUCUCCAAAUUCUAACAUAAUUGUCGAUGGGGAUCUAAUCAUCGAUAUGGGUUCGCCACCUCCAUCUCGGGCCUUCAAGGUGAACCCUGCCUUUUUCUCAUCUAACAACACUCCGACCGAUGAUCGAGAUGAAGAUGAAGAAGAGGAAGAGGAUGAAAUGGAUAGUUUUCGUCUUCCUUCUCCUGCUCGAAACACCAACCCCCCACCCGUUGAGCAUACUUCGGGGGGUGCUGGAGGUAGCAAUGAUAUGGAUGACGAUGACUUUGAUCCCCUGGCGGCAGAGAUGGAAGCAGCCUUUGAAGAAACUGCCCGUGAAGAACAAGUCGCGCCUCGACAAUAUACGCAGACAUCAACCUCUGCGCGGUACAAUGUGCCAAGUGACGACGAGAGUGAGGUUAGCGAAGAAGAGUAA